AUGUUCAAGUCUACUGGUUUUGGUUGUUGCCUGCUUGGAAAUGUUCGUCUGUCCGCGGGGCUAAACUGCCCCACUGACCUUCUCUACAAGCUGGUCUCGACAUGUACCAACACCAAGACGGCAGUCUCCUGGCUGCAUUACAAAGAAUUGGAUAUUACAUCCUUUGAUAUACCCACUCCCCUGCAUGAGAUCUCUCAUAUACGUGCAGCUGGGUAG